ACUUCCAUUAGAAGACAAUGGGUCAAGGUCAUGUCUGAUAACAGUUCUAAAUAUACAUACUCUCCAUGAUAUAUAAAAAAAUACACAAUUGAUCUGAGAUCAGUCUUAUUUGGCUGUUGGUCUGACGCGAACUUAGUGUACGUUUGAAAUGCAUUUAAAAAGGCGAGGGAUAUUUGGAAUCUUGUUCCUUGUCUGUUGUCUAAAUAUUCAGUUGACGAAUGGCCAACAAUGUUCCGGAUUGGACAUUCUAUUCAAUGGGGCUUGCUUUGCGUUCACGAGAGGAGACUGUGGGCAGGAUAAUAUUUUGAUUGGUGAUCAAUGCUGUAAUGAACAUUGUGUUCGCUUAUGCAGCGGUAUCAACUGUUUGGGUUGUUGCCAUCCUCGUCCACAGACGAGUUCUACAACCACAUGCCAGAAUCCUUGCCAGAGUCAGACGAGUACCCAAUGCCAAAAUAGUCAAUGCGUUCAGCCAAGCCAAGCAAUAAACUGUCCAACUGGUGGAUGCAAUAACUGCGGAACCCAGUCCACCCAACCAUGUUGCCAAACAACCAACUGUCCAACUGGUGGAUGCAAUAACUGCGGAACCCAGUCCACUCAGCCAUGUUGCCAAACAAUCAACUGUCCAACUGGUGGAUGCAAUAACUGCGCAACCCAGUGCACUCAACCAGGUUGCCAAACAAUCAACUGUCCAACUGGUGGAUGCAAUAACUGCGGAACUCCUACGUACCCUCCAACAAACCCACCAAAACCUCCGAUAUUUCCAAUAACUACAACAACUACAGAGCAACCAACGAUAAUUCCGCCUACACAGCCACCAACGACUGUAACCCCACCACGUCCUCAUUGUCCCGAAGGAACUAUUCUUAUAGGAGAAUACUGUCAACUUCUGUAUUGUCCCUAUGGCACUACCAUGUCGAAUGGCAAAUGUAUUCGAAUAGAGUGUCCUGAAGGCACAAUGUGGACUGGUAGUAGGUGUUCACUGCCCGAACCAAUUACGCACAACAUUACUAUAAACAACAAGAUUAACACAAUAUCCGAGGCCUCGAGGCCGAACAUAAAUAUCAAUUAUACCAAUAACCUUCAAGUAAAUGCUCCAGUGACAAUCAAUCAAGAAGAGUCUAAUAAUUCUACGGACUGUGAAGAUGAUACAGUUCCAACCUCACCUCCACGCUGUUGUACCGUGGUGACCCCACGCACUUGCAAAAAAACUUACAAUCGAUGGCACUGUUACCAUACAAGGAACCAAAUGUGUGGCGACUUUUGCGAAGCUAGCACGAUAUAUUUGAGACCGCCACGUCCGUAUUCCAGGCCUAACCUUGUUAUUGUACCGCCCUGUGACACACCCAAUGGCCAAUGUGGCCUGAUGACAGGUGGAUACGAUUGUUCCGGGUGCGCAUAUGGAAACGGACUGGGAUGUCCCAGUUACUGUAACCGUUAUAAAUGUGUCCCACCCAGGUGUGCCUUUUGCGAUCAACAGACCUAUUGUCGCCAUAACUUCGGCUCAUUUGGAUGUUUCGAAGACGAUGGCUGUUUUGAUUCGUGGUGUUCGUAAGUGCAUUGAAGCCGCAACAAAAUCUGCUGAAAUCUUAAAAAGUAAUAAAUUUGUAGUUGCGUUAUUAAACUGAUGGAGAUAAAAUAAAAAGUUCAAAAAGCAUAAAAA